UAGGCAGCCUUGAGCUCUAAUGUUUUUCCCAACUCUGAACAGCUAAACAAUUUAAUAUGAUCUACUACUGCAUUACAACAUGGCCUAUCUUCUGUGGCACUCACUCAUACUGAAAGGAAUAGCAAUGACUUUUUGGUUGGCUUUCCUUUCUACUGCCAUUGAGAAGACUGAUUGCUGUAGACCCCACUGCACUGGAAGCUAUUGUGUAACCGUGCACAGAGUCAAAGUGGAUUUUGAGACAGCUGAUGAAAUUUGCCGGAGGAGCGAAGGGGAGCUGCUCUCACUUGUGGCAAAUGACGACAUCUUACACACGCUGGAUUAUGGAGGCUACGGCAACUUCUGGAUUGGGUUAAGUUUACCAGACGGAACAUGCAGUGACCUUUCUGCUCCGCUGAGAGGUUACAGAUGGGCAAGCAGCAGUCAGACUUCAAAUGUGUCGUUCAACUUCUGGGGAGAUAACGUCCAGCUGUGCUCUCCACGCUGUGUGUCAACAUCCCCCGACCUAAAGUGGACAGAGAGACCGUGCUUGGAGGAAAUAGAUGGAUUUUUGUGCAAGACUGACCACGAGCAUGCAUGCCAAAUCCAAGAAUUACAAGAUUAUUUUCGAAGCGCCAGUGGUUGCUCAGAUGGCCCUUGUGAGCACAACUGUCAUGUGGUGAAAGAUGGAUACAGAUGUUCUUGUUAUGAAGGUUAUGCACCAGACCCUGAAGAUCCAAGAAGAUGCAAACUCCACUGCACUCAACAGAAAUGUCCUACUGUGUGUGACGAAAUGGAUAGGUCGAUUUGCUCCUGUCCUGUUGGGUAUAUAAAGAAUGAACACGUAUGCGAGGAUAUAGAUGAAUGUGAGAUGGAGCAGUGUGCACAGAAGUGUAAAAACUCAUAUGGGAGUUUUAAGUGCUCAUGUUAUAAAGGAUUUGUUCUUCAGGAUCAAGUUAAAUGUGUACCCACUACAAAUGACAGUGGAUAUGUGGACUUUACUACGCCAAUAGUUCCAGAGCCUAAAAAUAGUACACUGAAGGUUUCCUCUCUGUCCAGGGGAGGGUUUAUCUGGCUGUGGAUCUUCAUAGUCCUGUUAGUGAUUGCUUCUGUAUGUGUGGUCAGGUGGUAUGCCCUCAAGAGGCAGAGGAGGGCACAACAAAACUCCACACAAGUGACAGUCACUAAGGAGAUCAAUACUCAAUGUCAAAACUAAUGUAAAAAGCUAUUUUUACUGGACUGUUGCAAUAAGAUGACUCAUUCUGCACUGAUAUCAAACACUAUGCAAUGUAGCCUUGUGAAAUUGUUAAAUAAAAACACACUGAUUAUUUCUUUUGCACACUUGCCAGUAUCACUCUGCACAUAAUGUUGAUGAAGAAACAUCACUUAAUCUAAAUUCAUAGCCUCCUCAUCAAAGAGCCCAUAUUACAUUGAUCCCCCUUGUAAUGUCAUGUAGUAAUACAGAAAGUGCUCCAGUGUGUUUUUAAAAGCUACACAUCUUCUCUAGAAUCAUUUGGCUUAUUUCAGCGCUGGAAUUUCCCAUUUCUAAUGAACAG